CAGGUCAGGAACGCAACGCUUGUAUUAUAAGCUGUUUGAUUCCUUCUUGUUCACCAGUUACAUGGUUAAAUCAUUUGGCGCCCUAAGUUAACCACUCUGACUCUCACGCCCCCUCUCUCCCUCGAGGAUUCUGCCAUGGCAGAUCCCAUCCCUAGCUUUGACCAUCCGGAUUAUGCUGAGAUCGUUGUAAUACGUCAUGGUGAAACAGCAUGGAACGCUGAUGGUAGAAUACAGGGACAUCUGGAUGUUGAGUUAAAUGAAGUUGGAAGAGACCAAGCAGCCGCAGUGGCUGAAAGACUAUCUAGUGAACCAAAGUUCUCUUUCGUAUAUUCAUCUGACUUGCAACGAGCUUAUGAGACAGCGCAGAUAAUUGCAACCAAAUGUGGAGGGCUAGAGGUCGUCAAGGACCCUGACCUAAGGGAAAGACACCUAGGGGAUCUUCAAGGCCUUUACCGUCGUGAAGCAUCAAAGACUAAUCCCACAGCUUACAGGGCUAUGGAUCGAGGUGAAGAAAUACCAGGUGGCGGAGAAAGUCUUGAUCAGCUUUCCAAACGCUGCACAUCUGCAUUGCAGAGAAUAGGCAUGAAGCAUUUAGGGAAGCGGGUUGCAGUUGUUACUCAUGGAGGUGUCAUCAGAUCACUAUACAAGCGGGCCAAUAACAAAAACAGGCGAUGUGGGAUGAUACUCAACACGUCUGUCAAUGUGUUUCACUUGCAUGAAGACAAGUGGGUUAUAAAAACUUGGGGUGAUGUUAGCCAUCUGAACCAAACAGGAUUUCUGCAGUCGGGUUUUGGGGGUGACAGAACUUCUGGUUAGGCUGUAUCGCUUGACUUGUUCAUUGAAGCAAUAGUGAUACGAGGUUUUCAAAAUGAUGAUGCUAAAAAUAAUUUUUUCAGUGCCUUCUGGCUGAUAUUUUUUCAAUUACACUGUUAUGAACUUCAAUGAUGCUAAAGAUAAUUUUGCCUCGCCCUUGUCAAGUUACCAGUUAUCCUAUUCUGGCUAUCAUGCAUAGUGUUGUCCCAACUCCCAAAUGUAAUAUGCCUGCUGGCGUUCAUCAAUGUAUGAUGAGUGUUUUUUA